AUGCAGAUGCAAAGCAUCGAGCUUGUGAACGCCAUCGCAUCACCGAUCGCGAAGGUGACCGAGACAUUGAAGAACAUCGACCUACAAUCGGCUCAUGUAGAGCCGACGGUAGUGUUGGAGGACUGUUUGCUCCAAAUGUGUGAGUCAUUCGAAAAGGCACAAUCGGAACACUCUGUAGAACAGGCCAAGGAAAGCACUGCUCAUAGCAAACUGCUCGAGACGGUUACUCAUGUACAGCACGACAUUCGUGAGUGUAUCCAGCAGAAGAAGGACACCAGGGCAAAGGCAUCGCAGAUGCAACAAGGAGCUCUGGAAUCACUGAAGCAAUCGCUGUCUGAUGUGCAACAGCUCAUCAAGACGGAGAUUGUAGUGAAAGAUGUUUCGAAGCCGUUGUUCGCUUUGGAGAGUACGAUCAACGAGCUCGUGGGUCAGCCUAUGCAGAUGCAAAGCAUCGAGCUUGUGAACGCCAUCGCAUCACCGAUCGCGAAGGUGACCGAGACAUUGAAAAACAUCGACCUACAAUCGGCUCAUGUAGAGCCGACGGUAGUGUUGGAGGACUGUUUGCUCCAAAUGUGUGAGUCAUUCGAAAAGGCACAAUCGGAACACUUUAUAGAACAGGCCAAGGAAAGCACUGCUCAUAGCAAACUGCUCGAGACGGUUUCUCAUGUACAGCACGACAUUCGUGAGUGUAUCCAGCAGGAGAAGGACACCAGGGCAAAGGCAUCGCAGAUGCAACAAGGAGCUCUGGAAUCACUGAAGCAAUCGCUGUCUGAUGUCCAACAGCUCAUCAAGACGGAGAUUGUAGUGAAAGAUGUUUCGAAACCGUUGUUCGCUUUGGAGAGUACGAUCAACGAGCUCGUGGGUCAGCAUAUGCAGAUGCAAAGCAUCGAGCUUGUGAACGCCAUCGCAUCACCGAUCGCGAAGGUGACCGAGACAUUGAAGAACAUCGACCUACAAUCGGCUCAUGUAGAGCCGACGGUAGUGUUGGAGGACUGUUUGCUCCAAAUGUGUGAGUCAUUCGAAAAGGCACAAUCGGAACACUCUGUAGAACAGGCCAAGGAAAGCACUGCUCAUAGCAAACUGCUCGAGACGGUUACUCAUGUACAGCACGACAUUCGUGAGUGUAUCCAGCAGAAGAAGGACACCAGGGCAAAGGCAUCGCAGAUGCAACAAGGAGCUCUGGAAUCACUGAAGCAAUCGCUGUCUGAUGUGCAACAGCUCAUCAAGACGGAGAUUGUAGUGAAAGAUGUUUCGAAGCCGUUGUUCGCUUUGGAGAGUACGAUCAACGAGCUCGUGGGUCAGCCUAUGCAGAUGCAAAGCAUCGAGCUUGUGAACGCCAUCGCAUCACCGAUCGCGAAGGUGACCGAGACAUUGAAGAACAUCGACCUUCAAUCGGCUCAUGUAGAGCCGACGGUAGUGUUGGAGGACUGUUUGCUCCAAAUGUGUGAGUCAUUCGAAAAGGCACAAUCGGAACACUCUGUAGAACAGGCCAAGGAAAGCACUGCACAUAGCAAACUGCUCGAGACGGUUACUCAUGUACAGCACGACAUUCGUGAGUGUAUCCAGCAGGAGAAGGACACCAGGGCAAAGGCAUCGCAGAUGCAACAAGGAGCUCUGGAAUCACUGAAGCAAUCGCUGUCUGAUGUCCAACAGCUCAUCAAGACGGAGAUUGUAGUGAAAGAUGUUUCGAAACCGUUGUUCGCUUUGGAGAGUACGAUCAACGAGCUCGUGGGUCAGCCUAUGCAGAUGCAAAGCAUCGAGCUUGUGAACGCCAUCGCAUCACCGAUCGCGAAGGUGACCGAGACAUUGAAGAACAUCGACCUUCAAUCGGCUCAUGUAGAGCCGACGGUAGUGUUGGAGGACUGUUUGCUCCAAAUGUGUGAGUCAUUCGAAAAGGCACAAUCGGAACACUCUGUAGAACAGGCCAAGGAAAGCACUGCUCAUAGCAAACUGCUCGAGACGGUUACACAUGUACAGCACGACAUUCGUGAGUGUAUUCAGCAGGAGAAGGACACCAGGGCAAAGGCAUCGCAGAUGCAACAAGGAGCUCUGGAAUCACUGAAGCAAUCGCUGUCUGAUGUCCAACAGCUCAUCAAGACGGAGAUUGUAGUGAAAGAUGUUUCGAAACCGUUGUUCGCUUUGGAGAGUACGAUCAACGAGCUCGUGGGUCAGCCUAUGCAGAUGCAAAGCAUCGAGCUUGUGAACGCCAUCGCAUCACCGAUCGCGAAGGUGACCGAGACAUUGAAGAACAUCGACCUACAAUCGGCUCAUGUAGAGCCGACGGUAGUGUUGGAGGACUGUUUGCUCCAAAUGUGUGAGUCAUUCGAAAAGGCACAAUCGGAACACUCUGUAGAACAGGCCAAGGAAAGCACUGCACAUAGCAAACUGCUCGAGACGGUUACUCAUGUACAGCACGACAUUCGUGAGUGUAUCCAGCAGAAGAAGGACACCAGGGCAAAGGCAUCGCAGAUGCAACAAGGAGCUCUGGAAUCACUGAAGCAAUCGCUGUCUGAUGUGCAACAGCUCAUCAAGACGGAGAUUGUAGUGAAAGAUGUUUCGAAGCCGUUGUUCGCUUUGGAGAGUACGAUCAACGAGCUCGUGGGUCAGCCUAUGCAGAUGCAAAGCAUCGAGCUUGUGAACGCCAUCGCAUCACCGAUCGCGAAGGUGACCGAGACAUUGAAGAACAUCGACCUUCAAUCGGCUCAUGUAGAGCCGACGGUAGUGUUGGAGGACUGUUUGCUCCAAAUGUGUGAGUCAUUCGAAAAGGCACAAUCGGAACACUCUGUAGAACAGGCCAAGGAAAGCACUGCACAUAGCAAACUGCUCGAGACGGUUACUCAUGUACAGCACGACAUUCGUGAGUGUAUCCAGCAGGAGAAGGACACCAGGGCAAAGGCAUCGCAGAUGCAACAAGGAGCUCUGGAAUCACUGAAGCAAUCGCUGUCUGAUGUCCAACAGCUCAUCAAGACGGAGAUUGUAGUGAAAGAUGUUUCGAAACCGUUGUUCGCUUUGGAGAGUACGAUCAACGAGCUCGUGGGUCAGCCUAUGCAGAUGCAAAGCAUCGAGCUUGUGAACGCCAUCGCAUCACCGAUCGCGAAGGUGACCGAGACAUUGAAGAACAUCGACCUUCAAUCGGCUCAUGUAGAGCCGACGGUAGUGUUGGAGGACUGUUUGCUCCAAAUGUGUGAGUCAUUCGAAAAGGCACAAUCGGAACACUCUGUAGAACAGGCCAAGGAAAGCACUGCUCAUAGCAAACUGCUCGAGACGGUUACACAUGUACAGCACGACAUUCGUGAGUGUAUUCAGCAGGAGAAGGACACCAGGGCAAAGGCAUCGCAGAUGCAACAAGGAGCUCUGGAAUCACUGAAGCAAUCGCUGUCUGAUGUCCAACAGCUCAUCAAGACGGAGAUUGUAGUGAAAGAUGUUUCGAAACCGUUGUUCGCUUUGGAGAGUACGAUCAACGAGCUCGUGGGUCAGCCUAUGCAGAUGCAAAGCAUCGAGCUUGUGAACGCCAUCGCAUCACCGAUCGCGAAGGUGACCGAGACAUUGAAGAACAUCGACCUACAAUCGGCUCAUGUAGAGCCGACGGUAGUGUUGGAGGACUGUUUGCUCCAAAUGUGUGAGUCAUUCGAAAAGGCACAAUCGGAACACUCUGUAGAACAGGCCAAGGAAAGCACUGCACAUAGCAAACUGCUCGAGACGGUUACUCAUGUACAGCACGACAUUCGUGAGUGUAUCCAGCAGGAGAAGGACACCAGGGCAAAGGCAUCGCAGAUGCAACAAGGAGCUCUGGAAUCACUGAAGCAAUCGCUGUCUGAUGUCCAACAGCUCAUCAAGACGGAGAUUGUAGUGAAAGAUGUUUCGAAGCCGUUGUUCGCUUUGGAGAGUACGAUCAACGAGCUCGUGGGUCAGCCUAUGCAGAUGCAAAGCAUCGAGCUUGUGAACGCCAUCGCAUCACCGAUCGCGAAGGUGACCGAGACAUUGAAGAACAUCGACCUUCAAUCGGCUCAUGUAGAGCCGACGGUAGUGUUGGAGGACUGUUUGCUCCAAAUGUGUGAGUCAUUCGAAAAGGCACAAUCGGAACACUCUGUAGAACAGGCCAAGGAAAGCACUGCUCAUAGCAAACUGCUCGAGACGGUUACUCAUGUACAGCACGACAUUCGUGAGUGUAUCCAGCAGGAGAAGGACACCAGGGCAAAGGCAUCGCAGAUGCAACAAGGAGCUCUGGAAUCACUGAAGCAAUCGCUGUCUGAUGUCCAACAGCUCAUCAAGACGGAGAUUGUAGUGAAAGAUGUUUCGAAACCGUUGUUCGCUUUGGAGAGUACGAUCAACGAGCUCGUGGAUCAGCAUAUGCAGAUGCAAAGCAUCGAGCUUGUGAACGCCAUCGCAUCACCGAUCGCGAAGGUGAUCGAGACAUUGAAGAACAUCGACCUACAAUCGGCUCAUGUAGAGCCGACGGUAGUGUUGGAGGACUGUUUGCUCCAAAUGUGUGAGUCAUUCGAAAAGGCACAAUCGGAACACUCUGUAGAACAGGCCAAGGAAAGCACUGCUCAUAGCAAACUGCUCGAGACGGUUACACAUGUACAGCACGACAUUCGUGAGUGUAUUCAGCAGGAGAAGGACACCAGGGCAAAGGCAUCGCAGAUGCAACAAGGAGCUCUGGAAUCACUGAAGCAAUCGCUGUCUGAUGUCCAACAGCUCAUCAAGACGGAGAUUGUAGUGAAAGAUGUUUCGAAACCGUUGUUCGCUUUGGAGAGUACGAUCAACGAGCUCGUGGGUCAGCCUAUGCAGAUGCAAAGCAUCGAGCUUGUGAACGCCAUCGCAUCACCGAUCGCGAAGGUGACCGAGACAUUGAAGAACAUCGACCUACAAUCGGCUCAUGUAGAGCCGACGGUAGUGUUGGAGGACUGUUUGCUCCAAAUGUGUGAGUCAUUCGAAAAGGCACAAUCGGAACACUCUGUAGAACAGGCCAAGGAAAGCACUGCUCAUAGCAAACUGCUCGAGACGGUUACACAUGUACAGCACGACAUUCGUGAGUGUAUUCAGCAGGAGAAGGACACCAGGGCAAAGGCAUCGCAGAUGCAACAAGGAGCUCUGGAAUCACUGAAGCAAUCGCUGUCUGAUGUCCAACAGCUCAUCAAGACGGAGAUUGUAGUGAAAGAUGUUUCGAAGCCGUUGUUCGCUUUGGAGAGUACGAUCAACGAGCUCGUGGGUCAGCCUAUGCAGAUGCAAAGCAUCGAGCUUGUGAACGCCAUCGCAUCACCGAUCGCGAAGGUGACCGAGACAUUGAAGAACAUCGACCUACAAUCGGCUCAUGUAGAGCCGACGGUAGUGUUGGAGGACUGUUUGCUCCAAAUGUGUGAGUCAUUCGAAAAGGCACAAUCGGAACACUCUGUAGAACAGGCCAAGGAAAGCACUGCACAUAGCAAACUGCUCGAGACGGUUACUCAUGUACAGCACGACAUUCGUGAGUGUAUCCAGCAGGAGAAGGACACCAGGGCAAAGGCAUCGCAGAUGCAACAAGGAGCUCUGGAAUCACUGAAGCAAUCGCUGUCUGAUGUCCAACAGCUCAUCAAGACGGAGAUUGUAGUGAAAGAUGUUUCGAAGCCGUUGUUCGCUUUGGAGAGUACGAUCAACGAGCUCGUGGGUCAGCCUAUGCAGAUGCAAAGCAUCGAGCUUGUGAACGCCAUCGCAUCACCGAUCGCGAAGGUGACCGAGACAUUGAAGAACAUCGACCUACAAUCGGCUCAUGUAGAGCCGACGGUAGUGUUGGAGGACUGUUUGCUCCAAAUGUGUGAGUCAUUCGAAAAGGCACAAUCGGAACACUCUGUAGAACAGGCCAAGGAAAGCACUGCUCAUAGCAAACUGCUCGAGACGGUUACACAUGUACAGCACGACAUUCGUGAGUGUAUUCAGCAGGAGAAGGACACCAGGGCAAAGGCAUCGCAGAUGCAACAAGGAGCUCUGGAAUCACUGAAGCAAUCGCUGUCUGAUGUCCAACAGCUCAUCAAGACGGAGAUUGUAGUGAAAGAUGUUUCGAAACCGUUGUUCGCUUUGGAGAGUACGAUCAACGAGCUCGUGGGUCAGCAUAUGCAGAUGCAAAGCAUCGAGCUUGUGAACGCCAUCGCAUCACCGAUCGCGAAGGUGACCGAGACAUUGAAGAACAUCGACCUACAAUCGGCUCAUGUAGAGCCGACGGUAGUGUUGGAGGACUGUUUGCUCCAAAUGUGUGAGUCAUUCGAAAAGGCACAAUCGGAACACUCUGUAGAACAGGCCAAGGAAAGCACUGCUCAUAGCAAACUGCUCGAGACGGUUACACAUGUACAGCACGACAUUCGUGAGUGUAUUCAGCAGGAGAAGGACACCAGGGCAAAGGCAUCGCAGAUGCAACAAGGAGCUCUGGAAUCACUGAAGCAAUCGCUGUCUGAUGUCCAACAGCUCAUCAAGACGGAGAUUGUAGUGAAAGAUGUUUCGAAGCCGUUGUUCGCUUUGGAGAGUACGAUCAACGAGCUCGUGGGUCAGCCUAUGCAGAUGCAAAGCAUCGAGCUUGUGAACGCCAUCGCAUCACCGAUCGCGAAGGUGACCGAGACAUUGAAGAACAUCGACCUUCAAUCGGCUCAUGUAGAGCCGACGGUAGUGUUGGAGGACUGUUUGCUCCAAAUGUGUGAGUCAUUCGAAAAGGCACAAUCGGAACACUCUGUAGAACAGGCCAAGGAAAGCACUGCUCAUAGCAAACUGCUCGAGACGGUUACACAUGUACAGCACGACAUUCGUGAGUGUAUUCAGCAGGAGAAGGACACCAGGGCAAAGGCAUCGCAGAUGCAACAAGGAGCUCUGGAAUCACUGAAGCAAUCGCUGUCUGAUGUCCAACAGCUCAUCAAGACGGAGAUUGUAGUGAAAGAUGUUUCGAAACCGUUGUUCGCUUUGGAGAGUACGAUCAACGAGCUCGUGGGUCAGCCUAUGCAGAUGCAAAGCAUCGAGCUUGUGAACGCCAUCGCAUCACCGAUCGCGAAGGUGACCGAGACAUUGAAGAACAUCGACCUACAAUCGGCUCAUGUAGAGCCGACGGUAGUGUUGGAGGACUGUUUGCUCCAAAUGUGUGAGUCAUUCGAAAAGGCACAAUCGGAACACUCUGUAGAACAGGCCAAGGAAAGCACUGCUCAUAGCAAACUGCUCGAGACGGUUACACAUGUACAGCACGACAUUCGUGAGUGUAUUCAGCAGGAGAAGGACACCAGGGCAAAGGCAUCGCAGAUGCAACAAGGAGCUCUGGAAUCACUGAAGCAAUCGCUGUCUGAUGUCCAACAGCUCAUCAAGACGGAGAUUGUAGUGAAAGAUGUUUCGAAACCGUUGUUCGCUUUGGAGAGUACGAUCAACGAGCUCGUGGGUCAGCAUAUGCAGAUGCAAAGCAUCGAGCUUGUGAACGCCAUCGCAUCACCGAUCGCGAAGGUGACCGAGACAUUGAAGAACAUCGACCUACAAUCGGCUCAUGUAGAGCCGACGGUAGUGUUGGAGGACUGUUUGCUCCAAAUGUGUGAGUCAUUCGAAAAGGCACAAUCGGAACACUCUGUAGAACAGGCCAAGGAAAGCACUGCUCAUAGCAAACUGCUCGAGACGGUUACACAUGUACAGCACGACAUUCGUGAGUGUAUUCAGCAGGAGAAGGACACCAGGGCAAAGGCAUCGCAGAUGCAACAAGGAGCUCUGGAAUCACUGAAGCAAUCGCUGUCUGAUGUCCAACAGCUCAUCAAGACGGAGAUUGUAGUGAAAGAUGUUUCGAAACCGUUGUUCGCUUUGGAGAGUACGAUCAACGAGCUCGUGGGUCAGCCUAUGCAGAUGCAAAGCAUCGAGCUUGUGAACGCCAUCGCAUCACCGAUCGCGAAGGUGACCGAGACAUUGAAGAACAUCGACCUUCAAUCGGCUCAUGUAGAGCCGACGGUAGUGUUGGAGGACUGUUUGCUCCAAAUGUGUGAGUCAUUCGAAAAGGCACAAUCGGAACACUCUGUAGAACAGGCCAAGGAAAGCACUGCACAUAGCAAACUGCUCGAGACGGUUACUCAUGUACAGCACGACAUUCGUGAGUGUAUCCAGCAGGAGAAGGACACCAGGGCAAAGGCAUCACAGAUGCAACAAGGAGCUCUGGAAUCACUGAAGCAAUCGCUGUCUGAUGUCCAACAGCUCAUCAAGACGGAGAUUGUAGUGAAAGAUGUUUCGAAGCCGUUGUUCGCUUUGGAGAGUACGAUCAACGAGCUCGUGGGUCAGCCUAUGCAGAUGCAAAGCAUCGAGCUUGUGAACGCCAUCGCAUCACCGAUCGCGAAGGUGACCGAGACAUUGAAGAACAUCGACCUUCAAUCGGCUCAUGUAGAGCCGACGGUAGUGUUGGAGGACUGUUUGCUCCAAAUGUGUGAGUCAUUCGAAAAGGCACAAUCGGAACACUCUGUAGAACAGGCCAAGGAAAGCACUGCACAUAGCAAACUGCUCGAGACGGUUACUCAUGUACAGCACGACAUUCGUGAGUGUAUCCAGCAGGAGAAGGACACCAGGGCAAAGGCAUCACAGAUGCAACAAGGAGCUCUGGAAUCACUGAAGCAAUCGCUGUCUGAUGUCCAACAGCUCAUCAAGACGGAGAUUGUAGUGAAAGAUGUUUCGAAGCCGUUGUUCGCUUUGGAGAGUACGAUCAACGAGCUCGUGGGUCAGCCUAUGCAGAUGCAAAGCAUCGAGCUUGUGAACGCCAUCGCAUCACCGAUCGCGAAGGUGACCGAGACAUUGAAGAACAUCGACCUUCAAUCGGCUCAUGUAGAGCCGACGGUAGUGUUGGAGGACUGUUUGCUCCAAAUGUGUGAGUCAUUCGAAAAGGCACAAUCGGAACACUCUGUAGAACAGGCAAAGGAAAGCAUUGCUCAUAGCAAACUGCUCGAGACGGUUACUCAUGUACAGCACGACAUUCGUGAGUGUAUCCAGCAGGAGAAGGACACCAGGGCAAAGGCAUCGCAGAUGCAACAAGGAGCUCUGGAAUCACUGAAGCAAUCGCUGUCUGAUGUCCAACAGCUCAUCAAGACGGAGAUUGUAGUGAAAGAUGUUUCGAAACCGUUGUUCGCUUUGGAGAGUACGAUCAACGAGCUCGUGGGUCAGCCUAUGCAGAUGCAAAGCAUCGAGCUUGUGAACGCCAUCGCAUCACCGAUCGCGAAGGUGACCGAGACAUUGAAGAACAUCGACCUUCAAUCGGCUCAUGUAGAGCCGACGGUAGUGUUGGAGGACUGUUUGCUCCAAAUGUGUGAGUCAUUCGAAAAGGCACAAUCGGAACACUCUGUAGAACAGGCCAAGGAAAGCACUGCACAUAGCAAACUGCUCGAGACGGUUACUCAUGUACAGCACGACAUUCGUGAGUGUAUCCAGCAGGAGAAGGACACCAGGGCAAAGGCAUCACAGAUGCAACAAGGAGCUCUGGAAUCACUGAAGCAAUCGCUGUCUGAUGUCCAACAGCUCAUCAAGACGGAGAUUGUAGUGAAAGAUGUUUCGAAGCCGUUGUUCGCUUUGGAGAGUACGAUCAACGAGCUCGUGGGUCAGCCUAUGCAGAUGCAAAGCAUCGAGCUUGUGAACGCCAUCGCAUCACCGAUCGCGAAGGUGACCGAGACAUUGAAGAACAUCGACCUUCAAUCGGCUCAUGUAGAGCCGACGGUAGUGUUGGAGGACUGUUUGCUCCAAAUGUGUGAGUCAUUCGAAAAGGCACAAUCGGAACACUCUAUAGAACAGGCAAAGGAAAGCAUUGCUCAUAGCAAACUGCUCGAGACGGUUACUCAUGUACAGCACGACAUUCGUGAGUGUAUCCAGCAGGAGAAGGACACCAGGGCAAAGGCAUCGCAGAUGCAACAAGGAGCUCUGGAAUCACUGAAGCAAUCGUUGUCUGAUGUGCAACAGCUCAUCAAGACGGAGAUUGUAGUGAAAGAUGUUUCGAAGCCGUUGUUCGCUUUGGAGAGUACGAUCAACGAGCUCGUGGGUCAGCCUAUGCAGAUGCAAAGCAUCGAGCUUGUGAACGCCAUCGCAUCACCGAUCGCGAAGGUGACCGAGACAUUGAAGAACAUCGACCUACAAUCGGCUCAUGUAGAGCCGACGGUAGUGUUGGAGGACUGUUUGCUCCAAAUGUGUGAGUCAUUCGAAAAGGCACAAUCGGAACACUCUGUAGAACAGGCCAAGGAAAGCACUGCACAUAGCAAACUACUCGAGACGGUUACUCAUGUACAGCACGAAAUUCGUGAGUGUAUUCAGCAGCAGAAAAAUAUCAGAGAAAUUUAUAAUUCUGAUUUACUUAAGACGGUUCAUGUAGAGCAAAUGGAAUUAAAUGAAAAUAAUUUGAUGGUUCAUAAACAUGGUGGAGCUAAAGAGCAACUGUUAGAUCAAGAGGUUAAGAAAAUAGCCGAAGAAGACGCCGAGAAACAAACCAAAGGUGAAGAAAUUCUGAAGAAACAGGUAGACGAAGAAGUUAUGAAGUAUCAGGGCGAAAUGGAAGCAACAAAGAAGCAGGAAGAGAAUAAAAUCCAAAAGAAGAAGGCUGACGACGAAUCCAAAAAGAAGCUGGAAGAGGAAGAAACUAUAAAGAAGAAGUCCGGUGAAGAGGGCAAGAAGAGAAAGGCAGAGGAAGAAGCAAAUAAAAUACAGGAAGUGGAAGAAGCUACUAAGAAGAAGAUCGAAGAAGAAGAUAAGAAAAAGAAGGCAGAAGAGGAAACUAAGAUGAAGCAGGUAAAGGAAGAUGCCAAGAAACAGAAACAAUCCGAAGAAGAGGUUAAGAAAAAGCUAAAGGUAGAAGAGGAAAACAAGAAGAAGCAGGAUGAGGAAGAAGCUACAAAAAAGAAGGCAGAGGAAGAGGCUAAGAAGAAGAAGGCAGAAGAAGAGGCAAAGAAAAUACAGGAAGAUGAGCAGGCUGCUAAGGAAAAGGCUGAAGAAGAGGCCAAGAAAAAGAAGGCAGAAGAUGCUGCCAAGAAGAAACAGGAAGAGGAAGAGGCCAAGAAAAAGAAGACGGAAGAAGAAGCCGAGAAAAAGAAGAAGGCAGAGGAAGAGGCUAAGAAGAAGAAGGCAGAGGAAGAGGCUAAGCGAAUACAGGAAGAGGAAGAGGCUAAGAAAAAGAAGGCAGAAGAUGCUGCCAAGAAGAAGCAGGAAGAGGAAGAGGCAAAUAAAAAGAAGACGGAGGAAGAAGCCAAAAAGAAGCAGGAUGAGGAAGAAGUCGAGAGAAAGAAAAAGGCAGAAGAAGAGGCUAAGAAGAAGAAGGCAGAGGAAGAAGCUAAGAAAAAGAAGGCAGAGGAAGAGGCUAAGAAGAAGAAGGCAGAGGAAGAGGCAAAGAAAAUACAGGAAGAGGAGAAAGCUGCUAAGGAAAAGGCUGAAGAAGAGGCCAAGAAAAAGAAGGCAGAAGAUGCUGCCAAGAAAAAACAGGAAGAGGAAGAGGCGAAGAAAAAGAAGGCGGAGGAAGAAGACGAGAAAAUUAAGAAAGCAGAGGAAGAAGCUAAGAAGAAGAAGGCAGAGGAAGAGGCUAAGAAGAAGAAAGCAGAGGAAGAUGCAAAGAAAAUACAGGAAGAGGAGAAAGCAGCUAAGGAAAAGGCUGAAGAAGAGGCUAAGAAAAAGAAAACGGAGGAAGAAGCCGAGAAAAAGAAGAAAGCAGAGGAAGAAGCCAAGAAGAAGCAAGAAGAGGAAGAGGCAAAUAAAAAGAAGGCAGAGGAAGAAGCCAAAAAGAAGCAGGAUGAGGAAGAAGCCGAGAAAAAGAAGAAGGCAGAGGAAGAGGCUAAGAAGAAGAAGAAGGCAGAAGAAGAAGCCAAAAAGAAGCAGGAUGAGGAAGAAGCCGAGAGAAAGAAAAAGGCAGAGGAAGAGGCUAAAAAGAAGAAGGCAGAGGAAGAGGCUAAGAAGAAGAAGGCAGAGGAAGAGGCUAAGAAGAAGAAGGCAGAGGAAGAGGCAAAGAAAAUACAGGAAGAGGAGAAAGCUGCUAAGGAAAAGGCUGAAGAAGAGGCCAAGAAAAAGAAGGCAGAAGAUGCUGCCAAGAAGAAACAGGAAGAGGAAGAGGCGAAGAAAAAGAAGGCGGAGGAAGAAGCCGAGAAAAUUAAGAAAGCAGAGGAAGAAGCUAAAAAGAAGAAGGCAGAGGAAGAGGCUAAGAAGAAGAAGGCAGAGGAAGAUGCAAAGAAAAUACAGGAAGAGGAGAAAGCAGCUAAGGAAAAGGCUGAAGAAGAGGCUAAGAAAAAGAAGGCGGAGGAAGAAGCCGAGAAAAAGAAGAAAGCAGAGGAAGAAGCCAAGAAGAAGCAAGAAGAGGAAGAGGCAAAUAAAAAGAAGGCAGAGGAAGAAGCCAAAAAGAAGCAGGAUGAGGAAGAAGCCGAGAAAAAGAAGAAGGCAGAGGAAGAGGCUAAGAAGAAGAAGAAAGCAGAGGAAGAAGCCAAAAAGAAACAGGAUGAGGAAGAAGCCGAGAAAAAGAAGAAGGCAGAGGAAGAGGCUAAGAAGAAGAAGAAGGCAGAAGAAGAAGCCAAAAAGAAGCAGGAUGAGGAAGAAGCCGAGAGAAAGAAAAAGGCAGAAGAAGAGGCUAAGAAGAAGAAGGCAGAAGAAGAGGCUAAGAAGAAGAAGGCAGAGGAAGAGGCUAAAAAGAAAAAGGCAGAGGAAGAGGCUAAGAAGAAGAAGGCAGAGGAAGAGGCAAAGAAAAUACAGGAAGAAGAGAAAGCAGCUAAGGAAAAGGCUGAAGAAGAGGCCAAGAAAAAGAAGGCAGAAGUUGCUGCCAAGAAGAAACAGGAAGAGGAAGAGGCCAAGAAAAAGAAGGCGGAGGAAGAAGCCGAGAAAAAGAAGAAAGCAGAGGAAGAAGCUAAGAAGAAGAAGGCAGAGGAAGAGGCUAAAAAGAAGAAAGCAGAGGAAGAGGCUAAGAAGAAGAAGGCAGAGGAAGAGGCAAAGAAAAUACAGGAAGAGGAGAAAGCUGCUAAGGAAAAGGCUGAAGAAGAGGCCAAGAAAAAGAAGGCAGAAGAUGCUGCCAAGAAGAAACAGGAAGAGGAAGAGGCCAGGAAAAAGAAGGCAGAGGAAGAAGCCGAGAAAAAGAAGAAAGCAGAGGAAGAAGCUAAAAAGAAGAAGGCAGAGGAAGAGGCAAAGAGAAUACAGGAACAGGAGAAAGCUGCUGAGGAAAAGGCUGAAGAAGAGGCCAAGAAAAAGAAGGCAGAAGAUGCUGCCAAAAAGAAACAGGAAGAGGAAGAGGCUAAGAAAAAGAAGGCGGAGGAAGAAGCUGAGAAAAAGAAGAAGGCAGAGGAAGAGGCUAAGAAGAAGAAGGCAGAAGAGGAAGCCAAGAAGAAACAGGAAGUGGAGGAAGCAGCAAAGAAAAAGAAGAAGAUGGAGGAGGCUAAGAAGAAGAUGGCAGAAGAGGAAGCCAAGAAGAGGCAAGAAGAGGAAGAAGCUGAGAAAAAGAAAAAUGCUGAAGAAGAGACCAAGAAAAAGAAGGCAGAAGAGGAAGCCAAAAAGAAGAAGGCAGAAGAGGAAGAAGCUAAGCAGAAGAAGGCAGAAGCGGAAGCCAAGAAGAAACAGGAAGAGGAGGAAGCAAAAGAGGAAGAGGCAACUAAGAAAAAGACCAAAGAAGAUGCCAAGAAGAAGAAGGCAGAAGAGGAAGCCAAGAAGAAGCAGGAAGAAGAAGAAGAAAGGAUUAAGAAGCAGAAGGACCAGGAAGAAGCUAAAAAGAAGACGGCAGAGGAGGAAGCAAAGAAGAAACAAGAAUUGGAGGAAGCGACAAAGAAGAAGGCCGAAGAAGAGGUUAAAAAGAAGAAGGCUGAGAUAGAAUCCAAAGAAAAACAGGAAGAGGAAGAAGCUAAGAAGAAGAUAGAGAUUGAGGUCAGCAAGAGGAAAGCCGAGGAAGAAGCUAAGAAGAAACAGGAAGACGAAGUUAAGACAAAGAAGAUCCAGGAAGAAGUAGAGGCCACUAUGAAGAAGCCAUCGUACUCGACAUGUGUGAACCUUUUGCUACAGCUCACUGUGCCGGUGCACGAUCUGGUAAAGGAAUUGCCUUCGGGCACGGGCUGCACUGUAGACUGUGUAACUCCAGCGCUGAAGCAUAACUUGAGACAGUUGUAUCGCGUCGUUUCAUUAAUGUCCCAGCAACAUAUCACCAGGAUACGCAACGAGCGCGAAGUUACGAUCGUGGAGGAGUUAAGACGGCAUUUGUUGAGCUUAGAUAAGGUUUUGAAAGCACUGCUCGAUCUGCACAGUAAGGUAGAAAUGCAGAAGGAGCUUCUAGACACCAUACGUCGAAACUUGAUUACGUUGAAAAGUGUCAUGAUGCAGGUCAGGACGGAUUACUGUAUACCGUCGCUGGUGGAGAAGGACGAUCAGUUGCUGUCGGCGUUUGAGAUGGUGGUUGAAAAAUUGACGAUCAACCCACUGCAGCUAGACUCCGUCGAGUAUCUUCGAUUGCUAGCAGAAUCUCUGGAGAAGUACUGCGACAUUAUGCGCAGACUUAGUAACAAUGUCACGAUUUCCGAUUGGUUGUUGCGUUACCAGCUACAGUUGCUGAAGAUUUUCGACACGAUCGAGUUUUGUCUGAGCGAGGAACAGUUUAUAGUGAUAGGUAGCAAGGAGAAGUACACACGUACCAGCACGCAAGAUGCGAUACACGCUGUGAAGCAGAUGAUAACGCACUAUAAGAUCACUAGCAGUCAGCAGCAGCAGGUACGCCGUGACCAAGCAUCGGAACCAACCCAUAUCAAGGUGAUUGCGGCUCGCCAGGGACUCACAGACACGCCCGAACCUGUGGCGCGAAGUGUCCAGGAAAGGAGUCCUAGACGUACGCCGGAUGUUAGACAACAGCGCUCCGACACUGUGCGACGUCAUGCUACCAGAAGCCCGCUCGGUUUGCGGGACGAUCCGCCGCGCAGCUCGUCCAGGUGUAGCCUGGGGGCGCUCCCGUCCAAACGUGGGCCAUCGUUUGCGGUGUACCUGAAGAAUGUAUUCAUCGAACGAGAGCACAGUUUCAAGCUGCUGUGCGUGGUGCUGGAUUCGGAAAUCGAUGUACGGUGGACGAAGGAUGGUAGCGAUAUCACCCAAACCGGACGCUACCGAAUGGUGCAGAAGAACGGGCUGAUUACGCUGCAGGUGGACCAUGCCGAGUACGAGGAUACGGGCGUGUAUGCGUGCCACGUAUUCAACAACUACGGCCAGUCGUUCAACAAGUGCACCGUCGAGGUGUAUGAUACCAGCGAUGAUAUCAUCUGCUCGUCAUUCAGCAUACCGCACAAAAUGGAUUCCCGACCUGGAACGUGA